CACCCUCCUCCCUUCCUUUCUUCUCCCUUCUUCCCCUAAAUACAAUUAAGAGUCGAAUAAGGAGGAGGAGAAGAAGGCGAAAGACAAGAAGAGGUGGAGGAGAUUUAAGCUUAUAUGCGGCUCACUCACUUGCUUGAACUUCUAUUAAUGCAUGUGUGCAUUCAUACUUCUUCCUCCAUUAAUGGUGAUAAAAACAGCUUGUCAUCUUCCCCAAUCAUGAACUCUACUUGAGCGAAACACUUCCUCAACUUUGGCAUUUCCUCAGUUGCAAUUCAUCGACAUGACUGAGGAACAUGAGCAAGAAGAACAACAAAAUGGAAUACUAAAUGGGUCAAUCAUGAUGGAUCCAUUGUUUCGUGGCAUUCUUGACGACGACGAUCACUUCCCCAAUGUCUUAGAUAUCAAUACGCUGGCCGCAUCCAAUGUUGAGCAAGGUGUUCAAAACCAUGGAAAAAGAAAGAUCAACUAUCGACAUACAACAGAGCAAAUUCAACAACUCGAGGCGUUCUUCCAAGAAUUCCCUCAUCUAGACGACAAACAAAGGAAGGAGUUAGGGCAAAAACUCGGAUUAGACCCAAUGCAAGUGAAGUUUUGGUUUCAAAACAAGAGGACACAAAUGAUGAACCAACUCGAGCGAGAGGAAAACCAAAGGUUGAGGGAGGAGAAUGAUCUUCUCCUAUCGGACAACUUGAAGUUGAAGGAAGCACUCAACAGUGCUUGUUGUCCCAACUGUGGCGGCCCGCCCUCACUCGGUGAGAUCUCUAUCGACGAGCAACAACUACUAGCCGAAAACAGUCGUCUACGCAAACAGAUCGAAAGGAUCACUGCAAUGGUCGCAAAGCGAACAGGGGUUCAGCUGAUUCCGUUCCUAGAACUAAACCUACCGGCAACUGUGGCUGGAGUCCAUCCUAGACCAGGUUCAACUUCGAACAAUAAGAAUCUGCCCGAGUUUGGGAAACCGGCUGCGGCCGCUUUGGCUGAGCUAGCCAUGGCGGAGCUUCUCGCACUGGCUCAGCUCGGCGAACCGAUGUGGGUUCGAGGGCCCGACGGGCUCACCGAAGACUUAAACCAGGCCGAAUAUGUCCGAGCUUUUGCAAAUGGGCUCGGACCCAAGAGUGUGAACCUGGCUACAGAGGCCACCCGGGCUACCGCAAUCGUGGCCAUGCCGGCUGAGGCACUGGUCGGCAUGCUCAUGGACGUGGAGAAAUGGAUCGCGUUCUUCUCCGGCAUCGUCACCGGAGCAGCCACCGUGGAGGUGUACGCCACCGGAGCAGCAGCAGGAAGCUACGAUGGCGCUCUGCAACUGAUGACGGCCGAGCUGCAGGUUCCGAGCCCCCUCGUUCCGGCGAGGGAGGGCUUGUUCCUGAGGCACUGCAAGCAGCCGGAGGGAGCGCGCUGGGCCGUGGUCGACGUUUCCUUCGAAGUGCGGCACGACACCAUGGCCAAGUUCCGCCGAAGGCCCUCCGGAUGCAUCAUCCAGGAAACACCUGACGGUCGCUCGAAGGUCGUAUGGGUCGAGCAUGUCGAAGCGGACCAUGGAGAUGUCCAUGCGCUGUACAAGGCCAUCGUCAACUCCGGCCUUGCCUUCGGAGCAAAAAGAUGGCUGGCGAGAAUGGAGAGGCAGUGCGAGAGAUUAUCGAGCCUCACCAAUUCCACUGCUCAUAUCGGGAACGUCGAGAUGACCCAUAACAUACUAAAUCUAUCGGAGAGGAUGGCGAUGAGCUUCUGCAGCGGUGUCAGUGGCUCUCUGAUCCACCAGUGGGCUCAAGUAACUGGUGCUGCCACAAACGAUGUGAGGAUCAGGAGCAGGAAGAACAAUGGAGAUCCAGGGAGACCUGCUGGAACUGUGCUCAGUGCAAGCACUUCAAUCUGGCUGCCAAUCUCUCCAAAGAGAGUUUUUGAUUUCCUGCGCAGUGUGCCAUCGCGUAGCCAGUGGGACAUUUUGCUGCAUGGAGCCAUGGUCUACGAAGCAGCAGCAGCCAUUUUGAGCAGCCUGGAAGAAGACAACUGUGUCUCCAUUUUGGCAGUUGGACUCCCUGGCGAGGGGAACACGACGAUGAUACUGCAAGAAACCCGGAGUGACUCAACUUGCAAAUACAUUAUCUACUCUCCUGUUGAGGCUGCCAUGGUCAAUGCAGUGCUUGGUGGCGAGGACUCCAACUCUGUUGCACUUCUGCCUUCAGGAUUUGCCAUACUCCCUGAUGAGAUCUCUGAACGUGGGGGUUCUCUUCUCACUGUAGCUCUUCAGAUCUUUAUCGACUCGUCUCCUGGUUCCGAGAUCAUUUCUGGAUCCAUAGAUGUAGUGAACAGUCUUCUGUCCUGCACCUGUGACAGAAUAAGAGCCAUCAUGUCAUCCAGUAACGUUCAGUAGCUCAGGAGCAGCUGGAGCUACUGCGAGUGGGAAUUCAAGAAUGCCUCUCUAUUUUCCUACUCGUCUGUUCAGCCUUCAGAGUCUUCAGCAAAGAAGAAAACAUGUACAAAUCGUCAGUUUUUCCUUGUCAGCUGUGUGAUUGUCAACUCUCUUAAGCAGGACACUUUGCAUGAACAAUGCUUGUGUAUCAGCUUCCUAUUUGCUUGGCAUGUGCUCUUCAUUUGA